CCAGAGGGUUGUGUAUUAUAGGCUGAGUUAGCAGCUUGCCCGUCGUAUUCCUAGGUGCACACAGGCAAGGCACUGGCUUCCUAUCCAACAUGGUGUCCCUCAGCGCCAGUGCCCAGAAGCUCUUGUCUUUCUUCCCAUUCCUGUUGGUCCUGUUUGAUCUGCAGUAUGAAGGUGUGGAGUGUGGAAUAAAUGCUGAUGUUGACAAACAUCUUGAAAUGGGAAAAAAAUUAUUAGCAGCUGGACAACUGGCAGAUGCUUUAUCUCAUUUUCAUUCUGCUAUAGAUGGAGACCCAGAUAGCUAUGUCGCCUAUUACAGAAGAGCAACAGUAUACCUGGCCAUGGGCAAAUCUAAAGCUGCCAUUCCAGAUUUAAGCAAAGUGAUUGAGCUAAAGCCAGACUUCACUUCAGCAAGAUUACAGAGAGGACACUUGCUUUUAAAGCAGGGGAAACUUGAUGAAGCAGAAGAGGAUUUUAAUAAGGUGCUGAAGUCCAAUCCCAGUGAGCAAGAGGAGAAAGAAGCUAAUGCUCAGCUCCUUAAAUCCAAUGAAAUCCAAAGCAUGCGGUCACAAGGGGUUGCUGCCUAUGAGCAAAAAGAUUAUGCUACUGCUGAACCGUAUCUAAAUUUUGUGUUGGAGACGUGCAUAUGGGAUGCAGAGAUUCGGGAGCUGCGGGCUGAAUGCUAUAUCGGCCAAGGUGAGCCUGGGAAAGCGAUCAGUGAUCUCAAAGCUGCCUCUAAACUAAAGAGUGAUAACACAAAUGCUUUCUACAAAGUGAGCAAGAUCUACUACCAGCUGGGGGAUCAUGAGAUGUCUCUUAGUGAAAUCCGGGAGUGCCUGAAGCUGGAUCCAGAUCACAAAGAGUGUUUUUCACACUAUAAGCAAGUAAAGAAACUCAACAAGCAGAUCCAAGCAGCCGAGGAACUCAUCCAUGAAGGACGUUAUGAGGAUGCUCUCCCUAAAUAUGAAGGCGUUUUAAAAACAGAGCCAAAUGUCCCGUAUUAUUCAGCACUUGUCCAGGAGCGGAGCUGUCAUUGUUAUUCUAAGAGCCAACAGUCUACUGAAGCCAUUAGGGUGUGCACAGAAUUUCUGCAACAGGAGCCCAGCAAUGUUAAUGCGCUGAAGGACAGAGCUGAGGCCUACAUUCUAGAAGAAAUGUAUGAAGAAGCUAUUCGAGAUUAUGAAACCGCUCAGCAGAACAAUGAAAAUGACAAGCAGAUCCGAGAAGGACUGGAUAAGGCACAGAAGCUCUUGAAGCAAUCACAGAAAAGGGACUACUACAAAAUUCUGGGAGUUAAGAGGAGUGCCAAGAAGCAAGAGAUAAUAAAAGCCUACAGAAAGCUGGCACAACAGUGGCACCCUGAUAACUUCCAAGAUGAAGGAGAAAAAAAGAAAGCAGAGAAGAAAUUCAUUGACAUUGCAUCUGCCAAGGAAGUCUUAACUGAUCCAGAAAAGAGGAGUCGAUUUGACGCCGGUGAAGAUCCUCUUGACCCUGAAAGCCAACAAGGAGCAGGGGGGCCUCAUUUCCAUCGCGGCUGGAACCAGUGGCAAGGAUUCAAUCCAUUUGGUUCCGGAGGAACGUUCAGCUUCAAAUUCAACUAAAAAGCAAAAGUGGCUUCACGCACCUCUCUACCAGGCAAGAUUUGUAUGCGCUCUAGUGGAACUAAUAUGAUCAGCUCCAGCUACAGACAGUGACAGAGCAGCUCGCCUGGAUACAAUGUACAUGAAGCAAAACAUUUCUGUGACUUUGAAAGACGUAUUGAAUUACUGUACCUACCGGCUGUGUUCUUCAUUUUAACUUUCAGUGUUCCUCAAAGGAUAAACACAAAGUGUCUUUUCUCUCCUGUAACCUCCCAAGGACGAUUCAAUAUGCGGCAACACCAGCCUGCGCCGUACUCAGAAUUGUACCAAAUUGUAUUGAUGCCACAAAAACGGCAGUGCCAAGACCUGAACAGUAUAGUCGAACAGAAAUCUAUAUGUAAAUUAAACUAUUUUUGAAAGCU